AUGGGUGGAAAGAAGUACGUUGCGGAGAACGCUGUGUCGCCGGGUUGGGUUGUGACAACUAGUACCAACUUAUCGCUCCACUACACCAACAAGCAUGGUGAAGCGACAUCGAUUACCCUCCAAACUAAACGAGGUGAUCAUCUUGAAAACGUCGCAAAAUACAUCACUGCUCAAACUGAUGAUGUGCAAGCAUUUGUUGGCGAAGACGGAAAGCUGCAGAUAUUCGCCUCUACACAUAAAGUAAAAGGCGAAAUCACUAUUGGCGGUAAUCUGGGAACUAAAAUCGGCUUUGGUGCAGCGAGGGACGUCACCAUUGAAGACUCUGAUUUGACUUCUACGGAUGGCGCUCAACAAGCGAUGGCCCUUAUUGAUGACGGUGCACUUGAAGCCGUAGAUUGCCAACGAGCUGCUUUAGGUAUACUGAGAAUUCCUUUGGUCCAUGUGAUUAACAGUCCAGGGAGCAUAGCCAAGCAGGUAGUUACGGCUGAAGAUCGGAUCGUGGACAGCGCUGCGGCGAGAGAAUCGACUGAUUUGACGCAGUCGCAGAUGUUGGCGCGAGCGGCAGCUAUGGUUCUGGCGCAAGCGAGACAGUCGCCGUCUUCAGUUCUUAGCUUAUUACACUGA